UCUAUUAUCACAGACUUUAUGCGGUAAAUAUAUCUUGGGUUUCCUGUGUUUUGAGCCCUUGGUCCUUGUCGCAAUUUUAUCUUCGUCUGAUUGUUGUUUUUUUCUGUCCAACCUUACUCGACCAUCUCUGACUCUCUGAUAUUCUGUUGACACCAUGCGUCUAGUGAUUCAGAACACGUCUGUGGAAGUCAGCGAGUGGGCGGCCAAGUACGUCCGUAACAGGAUUCUGCAAAAGAACCCAGGACCGGACAACUACUUUGUGCUCGGCCUACCAACUGGAGGGACACCCCUUGGAAUGUACAGAAAACUGAUUGAAUUCUACAAGAGGGGAGAACUAUCUUUCAAGUAUGUAAAAACCUUCAACAUGGAUGAGUAUGUUGGCCUCCCAAGGGAUCACCCUGAAAGUUAUCACUCAUACAUGUGGGAUAACUUUUUCAAGCACAUUGACAUUCUGCCCGAGAAUGCUCAUAUUCUAGAUGGGAAUGCUGCAGACCUGGUCCAAGAGUGUAACCAGUUUGAAGAGAAAAUCAAGGCAGCUGGAGGUGUAGAUGUGUUUGUGGGAGGAAUUGGUCCAGAUGGACACAUCGCCUUUAAUGAGCCAGGAUCUUCCUUGGCAUCGCGCACUCGUGUCAAGUCCCUGGCAAAGGAGACCAUAGUUGCCAAUGCUCGCUUCUUUGACAAUGACAUCAGCAAGGUCCCUACUAUGGCGUUGACUGUUGGAGUGCAAACAGUCAUGGAUGCUAAAGAGGUUAUGAUACUUAUCACGGGAGUCGCCAAGGCUUAUGCCCUCCACCGCAGCAUCGAGGGCGGUGUCAAUCAUAUGUUCACGGUCUCCGCCUUUCAAUAUCACCCGCAUACCAUCUUCGUCUGUGACGAGGACGCCACUCUGGAACUCAAAGUCAAGACAGUCAAAUACUUCAAGGGGCUCAUGGAUGUCCAUAACAAGCUCGUGGAAUCACCUGAAGACCCGACCGCUCCGCCAUCUGCCAAGCGACUCAAAUCUCUAGAUGAAUCUGCAGAUAAGUGACCCCAAAAGACUUUUAGAGAGGAGGAAUUCGGUAAACAGCGUAGCGAAAAAAACAAACGAGCUGAAAUAAAAAAGGUCUGCGUGUGUUUUAGUAGGGACGAAUGGCAAAAUUAUGAUUUAUACUGAUGUGGGUACAAAUAAAUGAUAUCAUUGAAA